AUGGUCGAGCGAACCGAUCGCUCAGAACGACCCUCGGGUCCGCUGGGCCCUGCGGCAAUGGGCAUGGGCAUAGCUCGCGGCUUGCCAGAGAAUCCCGCCCAGGGCCGACGCCAACUUCAAAAAGAUGUCGCCCUCGGCAACAUCCCUCCUCCCCCUCCCCUCCCGCCGAUGCCCAAAGAUCUCCGGAGCCUGCCCGGCGGCCUGUCCGCCUCGGCCCCCAUGACCUCGGCUCAGGUCAUCGCUCUUGCCCGCGACGCCAUGCAGAGCGCCCUCCACGAAAACGAAUCCCAAGCCGCCGAGGCGAGCGCCGUCAGCAACGAGCUGAAGCCCGGUGUCACAAUUGACUUGAGCCGCAAGGGUAUCCAGAAGCUGCCGGAUGAGGUUGUUGAUAUCAUCAAGAACGAACUAGAGCGUCUUGCCCUCUCCCACAACCAGGUCUCCUCUUUCCCGGCACGGUUUUCCGAGUGCACCUCCCUUCGAUACUUGAACGUUAGAAACAACCAAAUCAGGGAGUUCCCACUACCGCUCUGCGAUCUCAAGUCGCUCGAGAUUCUUGAUCUUAGCAAGAACAAGCUCCGCGCCUUGCCCCCUGACAUUGUCAAACUCGCUUCUUUGAAGGUCUUUUCGGUACAAAAGAACCGCAUUGAGGAGCUGCCCGUCGCACUUGCCGAUAUGGUGUCCUUGCAGGUGCUCAAAUUUGACGGUAAUCCCAUCACAUUUCCUCCUCGAGAGGUGCUGCAGGUACAGGCGAGCAGCCCCCCCAAUGAAGGCUACUUGAAAGAGAGCGAGGUCACCGAGGUGGCUGUCACUGCACACAUCAAGCGCUUCCUAAGACAGCACGCAAUGAAUGGCCGUGCAGAGUCAGACACUGCUGGCGAAGAGUCCAGCGAAGGCAUGGAAACACCCCGGAUGCCUCCAAUCAAGCGUGUUGUCAGUGGUCGUUUCCCGAUCAAAGUCAAUGGCACCGAUGUUCCAGAUAUUCGAUCCCCAAACCUUGUCCGGCCGCCUCCCAUCCCCAAUAGGUCUCACUACAGAGGAUUGUCUCAGCAGAAUACCGCCAUCCGCCGCCCUGGCGUCAUGCCUCUGACCAUAGGAAAUGUCAACGAGAGACUUCGAAGCAACUCGGAGACGCUGCUGCAGGCCACUCGCGACCGACCCGAAUCUCGAGCAAGACGAAUGGGGGUGGUAUCGCAGAAGGCCUCGCAACUCGGUACUUUGGACGAAACUCAGGCCAACAACCGCUUCAGUCACUAUCGGGGUCUGAGCCACGGCUCCGCAAUGCAGCCUCCGCCGGCAAGCAUGUCGGUCAAGAGUCCCAACAGCCCAGCUGACUCAUUCCUCCAACGUCCGAUCUACGUCCGACGACUCUCUGUCCUCCCCGAGCGAAGACGCGAAUCCAAAGUCUACGACCCGAUUCUUGAGGCUGCUAAGGGCAUCCUCUACGCCGUUUUCCAGAUUCAUCCCAUGAUCCAGAUGCUCAUGAGCUUGACGAGCGAUGGUUCUUCUAAGCGAUCCAGCCUCGAGAUAGUCUUCUACAACACGAACUCGCAUGUCGAGGAACUGGAGCAGGAGAUCCAAAAGCACGAUCCUGCGGUGGGAGGCGACGAGAUGGCUGGGGGCGAAAACGAAAGCGUUCACCGGGCAUGCCAGACUCUGGUCAGCGCCUACACACAUGUUUGCACGCUCCUCGCGGGCAACAUCGACUCUUUUGUCGACAACGGAGACCCACGAUACAUCCGCACGCUUCUGAUGCUCAUCUAUAAUAGCAUUAUGGAGAUCAGGUGCACCCUAGCGUCCUUGUCCCCUGAAGCUGGCCUAGGAAAGUCGGUCACUCGGGGUAUGGCCAUGGGGGAUACGAUCAAGCCGCACUCCCGCGAGAACUCUAUUACCCCCACUGCCGAACGACUCGGACUCUCGCAGCGCCCCCGACCGGGACCGAUUCUCCACAACCCAAGCAAUCUCAGAGUUGCGACAGACGUGCCGAUCAACUACAUGAAUGGAGCCGUAGCCACGCGCACCGCGACCCUUACAUCAGCAACUCCCCGUUCGGGAGAGUCCUUCGUCUCAGCGUCGUCUGGCGGACGCGGCAUCUCCGACUUCACGGAGGAGGACAGAUACUUUGAGAAGAUCUUCCUGUCCCUUCAACGGUCGUCCGAACUUGUCAUGAGGACCCUUCCCAUGUUCCAGAACCACAUGUCCGUACUCGCGAAGAAGGCCAUGAGCCGUCGCGCGUCAGACGAAGAGAUGAGAUGCUGGAAGGCCCUCAUCAACAAAUGUGGCACGGCAAUCCAGCAGACUGAGAUGCUCCGGAGCCGUCUCUCUCACAUCAAGCUCAAGGAGCCGGGCAUUAUGAGCCAACCCGCCUUCAGAGGCUUGAUCAACAACUUUAUCGACUCCUGGUACGAGUUCGGUAAUAAGAUACGCUACGCAUUCACCGAAGUCAACCUCCCUCCCGACACCAGGGUCAGGUUGCGUCCUAUCCAGCAAGCCAUGAAGGAGGCGAGGGAUACGAUUCUCCAGUCGCCAUGGAACUAUCUGCUGCGGCAGUCAUCCGGCUCCAACGUGUUCAGCCCCAACAACGGACCAGCGAUGCCACCCAUGCAGCUGCCGAUGACUCCCCAAAGCGCCGCUCUCGGUCCCGCGGUCCAAGCGACAGUUCCCUCGACCCCUCAGAGCGCUUCGUUCGCAGGCGCUUUCAACGGCGGCGUCUUCGAACGGGCAGAUGCCCUCAUCUCCAUGGGCGGCCUUUCGAUGUCGCGAAACGGGACGAUGACGAACAGCUCGGCCGCUAGCUUCACCAUGUCUUCGAUGUCAUCCCUUUCUUCGGACGGAGGAGCCAUGACUCCAUCGUCCGUCAUUAGCCCGAACGGCUUCGGCCCCGGCCCGGUGCCCCUACGACUCAACGGCAGCAAAGUUGCCUUCUAG